AUGAAGUCCGCUGUUCGAGUCUCGCGGGGUAGCCCUCGAUCACUGCCUGGUCGGCCCCGAGCGCUCUCUGCCGCCUCUGCUCUUCGAGCCGCCGCGCGCCGUACCUCUGACUUCAACUCGGGCUUCUCUAGCAGCUAUGACCCCAAUGAAGAAGGCCGCGGGCCAAUGUUCAACAAGACCCCCAUUGGUGUCCCACAAUUCUAUCCCAGAGACCUCAAGAAGCGGGUGGACCAAUACGUCGUUGGCCAAGACCGGGCAAAGAAGACCAUAUCGUCCGUCAUCUUCAACCAUUACCAAGGCCUGCGACGCCGCAAAUACAACGAGGAGAUGGAAAGAAAGAGGGAUGAGAAGCUCAUGAGACAAGCAAUCGCGCGAGAUCGGAGCAUGCGGCAGAGAGACCCUCACCCGGUCGAAGGUGCCGACCAUCCCACCUCGCUGCAUUAUCAGUACGACGCUGACGACUACCCGCAAGACGAGUUCCCCGGUCAUAACGACUCGAUACAAGCAAUGCACCAAGCCUGGCAGAAGACGCAGGAAGACGACUUUUACAUUCCAGAAGACGAGAAUAGGCCGGCGCCCGUCAAGAUAGACAAGAGUAACCUUUUACUCAUUGGGCCGACCGGCGUAGGCAAGACCUACAUAUUAGAGACCCUGAGCAAGCAGAUCAACGUCCCUUUCACAAUAUGCGACUGCAACUCCUUCACACAAGCGGGGUAUAUCGGCCAGGAUGUAGAAACGUGCAUAGAACGGCUCUUGAUCGAGGCAAACUACGACAUCAAAGCAUGCGAGCAAGGCAUUGUUGUGCUCGACGAGUUCGACAAGAUUGCUAAGCGUGAGACGAUGAAUGGACGCGAUGUCGGCGGCGAGGGAGUCCAACAGGCACUGCUGAAGCUAGUCGAGGGCACAAAGGUUACGGUCAAUGUUAAAGAUAACCGCUCUGCGUCCUCGACGCGCUCUGCAAGUCCCAUUACCACCAACUACAACGGUCCCGGCGGUAACACCUCGACGUCGGGUCCGCAAGCAACGCCACCCCCCUCUGGCAAGGUCGACCAGUACACGAUUGACACGAGCAAUAUCCUCUUUGUAAUGUGCGGGGCUUUCGUGGGGCUUGACAAGGUGAUUCUUAACCGAGUCGCGAAGCCGACAAUAGGCUUUGGUGCUGAGGUCCGCAGCCGAUCAACUGCGGAUGGAAAGCAGCCCGAGCUCGCUCCGGAGCUAUUUGCCCACCUCCCACACCGACCAGAAGGAGCCACGACUGCCACUGGCCUGUCGGCUCUCGACUUGACGACACCGGAGGAUCUCCAGGGGUUUGGUUUUAUUCCUGAGCUUAUCGGCCGCGUCCACAACAUUGUGGCAUUGUCACCACUCUCGAAAACAGACCUCCUGCGCAUCCUCACGGAGCCGAGGAAUAGCUUGAUUGCGCAGUAUACGGCCCUCUUCGAGACAUACCCGUCCCGCCUGUACUUUACGCACAAAUCCCUGCUGGCUAUUGCCGAACGCGCGGAAAAGUCACGGACUGGCGCGCGAGGCCUCAAGAUGGAAGUCGAGCGUGUAUUAGCUGAAGCCAUGUUCGAUGCCCCUAUGCACUACGUCCUGGUGACUGAGAAGGCUGUGCGGGGCGAGGAGAAACUCGGGUACUGGGGCAAGGACGGGCGCUUCGAGGUCGAGCGGCGCAUCCGUGAGGAGGAUGACAUCCAGGACGGCGUGCCGGGGGAUGACCCUGCGGGCAUCGGAAGGCAAGUGUACAGCAAUGGCGGGUAUCAGACUGCCGGCGAGAGUGGUGCUUGA